ACGUCAGUCUGUGAUCGCGAGCGAGCCGGUUCGGACCUCUCCACGUCUCGCGUCCGGCUCCUCCGCCCCGAACGCUACGUUUCGUCCACCCCCUCCCCCUCCCCACCGGUUAGAUCGCCCCUCGAUCAAACUCCGAUUUUCGAACAUUACACCUCGACCAAAUUGGAUUAACGUCGCCUUUUGCGUGUCAAGUGAUGCUGGAACCUUCAAUUCAUGUGCGGAAUUUUUAUUUAAAUUGAUAUAAAUACAAACAAAAUUGUGUCAAAUUCGCUGAAAUAUCAGUGGAAAUUAGGAGUUUUCCUUCCCGUUUGUUUUUAAUGAAAUAAACCGCUGAGUAAAUACAGAGAAAAAGAAAUCGUCCUGAAAAACGCGUCAAACUCUCGGGGAUAAAUGAGGAUUCUCAGUGCCGAUUGAGAUAGUUUCAAGUGUUUUUACAUUUUUUUUAUUUUAUUCAUUUACUUAAAAUUGUGCGGCCAGACGCGUCAAACGGAACGCGGUAGACAGUUUUGUGAAGGGGCUCAGUUCCGGAGGAAAAAGGCGUGAAACUAAAAGCGGAAUAUCAGUGGCAGAUACGAGGGUUGUUUUCACGCUCAGAUUGGAUGCGCUUCUGCGGUGUUUACAUUAGUCUCUCGGUGGGCUGUGGUUAGUUCGUAUCCGACUCGGCGUGUUGCCAGUGUGGGUCAUGUUGUACAUAUUGCCGCCUCCGAGCUCUCCGGCGCCGCCUUCGCCGUGGACGACGAUCCUUUGCAACGGGGGCAGCAACGGCGCGGCGGAAAAUUCGGGGGAGAGCAACCGCGGGUCGAACACCUCCCUGGCCGCCCUCUCGUCCUCCUCCUCCACCUCCUCCCUCUCCUCGAGCACCUCCAGCUCCUCCCUCCCGAGGUGCACCACCCGCGGCAACGCCUGCAAAGUGUGGCUCAACGCCAUCCAGACCAAAAACCAGCCCGCCAAAAGGAGCUCCCACAAAGUCAAACUCCGACCCAAAAGACGCGAUUGUGGAGAUCAUUUGCCCUCCGACAAUGAUAAUGACGACGAGGACUCAAAUAGUGGAAAAAGUCUUAGCGAAUGUUACUUUGCGGGCAAAGGGACGGCAGUUGUCAUGCCGCCAAGCGAACGACUCGCCCAACAACCCUCCGAACUCAGGGGUCGGGGUUCAGACAUUCAACAACAUCUCCAGUCUAUGUUCUAUCUACUCAGGCCCGAGGAAACGCUAAAAAUGGCUGUGAAAUUGGAGAGUGCUCACCCGGGGCGGACGCGUUACCUGGUGGUGGUGUCGUGCAACGGGCGGCAGGACUCGGAGGAGAGCUGUUUGCUCGGCAUCGACUGCAACCAGCGCACCACCGUUGGUCUCGUCUUACGGGUCCUCGCCGACACCGCUAUCACUCUCGACGGCGACGGAGGUUUCAGCGUCAGCGUCUGCGGCCGACAGCAUAUCUUCAAACCCGUUUCUGUUCAGGCCAUGUGGUCGGCCCUUCAAACUCUGCACAAAGUAAGCCAGAAAGCUAGAGAACAGAACUUUUUUCUCAAUGGUGUGACUCAUGAGUGGGUGUCAUACUAUGAGCAGAACAUCCAGUCCGAUAGAUCUUGUCUUAAUGAAUGGCACGCAAUGGACAAUCUCGAGUCGAGGAGGCCACCUUCGCCUGAUUCUCUUCGGCACAAACCUAGGGAACGAGAGGAAACAGAAAGAGUUAUUAGAAGUACAUUGAAAGAAAUCAUGAUGUCUGUCGAUCUGGAUGAAGUCACCUCAAAACAUAUCAGAACUCGAUUAGAAGAACUCCUAGAUAUGGAUCUUGGAGAAUACAAGCCUUUUAUCGAUCAAGAAAUGCUUGUUAUUUUAGGUCAAAUGGAUGAAGCGACUGAAAUUUUUCCUCAUGUCUUCCUUGGCUCAGAAUGGAAUGCAUCGAAUUUAGAAGAACUCAAUAAGAAUGGUGUUUGUCACAUUUUGAAUGUUACAAGAGAAAUAGAUAAUUUUUUCCCUGGAAUGUUCCAUUAUUUGAAUGUAAGAGUUUAUGAUGAUGAGAAAACUGAUCUCUUGAAACACUGGGAUAACACUUUCAAAUACAUCACUAGUGCAAAAAACGAAGGCUCAAAGGUUCUAGUCCAUUGUAAAAUGGGAGUUAGUAGAUCUGCUAGCGUUGUUAUUGCCUAUGCAAUGAAGGCCUACAAUUGGGAUUUCAAAAAAGCUCUGGACCACGUAAGACAAAAGCGUAACUGCAUCAAGCCAAACUCUAAUUUCAUCGCACAACUUGAGACAUAUCAGGGUAUGCUUGAUGCAAUGAAGAACAGAGAGAAGUUGCAGCGAUCCAAAUCAGAAACUAAUCUCAAAGUAAAAAGUUGCAAAGCAGACGCAACGGAUAGCCAAAGUGAAGGUGAACAAGAAGAAAGGCAAAUCAACGUAGCAAAUCCUAUAAAUAAUAAAAGACUUAAGUUGCUUACAGCAGCGCCACUAGAUGUGUCAGGAGCAGAACUCUCUCACCACAGUUUAAGACCAAAAUCAUGGUCUCCUGACAAUAUAACUGCAUCCAACUUAUUCGAUUUACCAGGUGGAUCUCAUACAUCACAAUCCUUAGAUAGACUAUCUGUAGAUUCUCCAACCACUGUGAAGAAUGAUCCAGUAGUGGAUGAUCCUCCACCUUCGGUUAUUCCUCCAGCUCCCCCUCUUCCACCCAUUGAGGCCCGGAGUUAUCAUAACAUCAAUGUUAGAAUGCCUUGCGGAAAUGGAUUAGCAUACAGUGUGUCUCAAAACAAAAUUGUGCAUUUACCACAACGACAAGAAAUGAAUGUUGCCUCUGUGCGGCACCGAGUAAAUGAAUUAGAAUCACAGACUGGAACAGGAAAUGGAUGGAGUGGCAAACAACCUAUUGACAAGCGAGGACUUGUUUUGAAUCUCACCUCACAAUUUGAAAACAACAACUCAUCUCCUGUUGAAACAAGCUCAGUUGCAAAUCCUUCUUGUGUCAAGCGAGAGCCAUGGGAAUCAGAGCGAUAUCUAGAAACUAAUUUUAAUGCUAUGAAAGAGAAGGAAAAUUGUAUAAAUUCCAAACAAAGUAGUAGAAAUUCUGUGCAUGUAAUUCGUUGCAAAGCAGGAGAUAUUAGUUCUGAUCGAGUGGAUUAUGAAGAGCUGAAAGGUAAAAAGAAAUGUGUUAAAAAUACAGAAAUAGGACGCCAAAAUUCAUGGAGCAGUUAUGACAGCGCCGGAGGCCUUGGUUACCAGGGGGAAAUUGCCCGACAGAAUAGUUGGGGUAGUGGCGAUAGUAAAGUUUCUCACAACAGCACUUGGGACCCUUAUGAUGUUUGCACCUCUUCACAUUUAGGCAACGAAUAUAGUGAAAAUAAUGAGAAUUUAGGCUUAUCCAAUUGCCCUUUGGCUUUCAGUUCAAGUCAGAUACUUGGUCAAAGGUCUAUAGUAACUGGUACUAUUAAAAGAACAAGAAUGAAAUCAAGCAAUGAAAUAGAAUCAGUAAAUUCAAGUUAUCCUGAUAGUAAUACGCAAGCUAUGUGUUCAAAAUCCACUGAGCAUUAUGCUAGCACUCCUUCUUUACCAAGUCUUGCUUUAGCCAUUCCCGGUAACCCUUUAACUGCCUCGCAGCCAAACAUUACCUCUGUGCGACAAGAAUCAGCUUUCUUAGAAAAUUUCAAUCAGCCAACUACUCGGCGGUGCAUUUCAGUCGAAGAGACAGUUCGAUUAGACAAUAGUGAUAGCCAAACAGGCUUAGUUAAGAAUUUAAAAAAAGAAUUUGAAGCGAAAUCAAAUUUAAAUGAUGCCAACAUCGAUGCAAAUUGUAAAUAUGGUAAUUACAACAAGUCAAAAAUGAAUAUAAACAAUAAUGAACGGGAUACCAAUCAUAAUAGUGAAAAAGGUCAAAGUCUUCCAUCAUCACCUGUUAGUGAGCGAGUAGAAAAUAAAUCUAGUCCUGCUGCCUGUUAUCAAGAUCUUUCGGUCAGAAAAUUAGUCGGAAAGUAUGAAGUAGCAAAAAACACUAAAGAUAGGCCUAGAUUCAUAUCAGAAAGUGACAAAAAGUUUUCGAACCAACCUCCUAUACCUCCCAGCAGAAAAUCCUCUCUAGACAUCCAUAACAAUCCCUCUCAUAAUAUCAUGAAACAUUCUACAACAGUUUUCAACAAUUUAAAAAAUAACUCAAAAGGUGCUCCCUCCGUAGUUGUCAAAGCUGCUCCAACUCCUAGCGUUGUUUCCAGUGUUACCAAAAAACAGCAGCAGGGUAAAACUCAUCCUUUGGCAAGACUUACCUUAAAACAACGACACACAAAUCCCAUUUAUAACAGUUUGUAAUCCUAACUUGUUAUAAGAAAAGUUUUUGUCAAAUUUUAAUUUGACGCUUUUUUUCUAACUAUAACAACUCAUUGCUUCUCCACAAAACUGUCAAUGAUUUUUUCCUCUCUGAUUGAUUUUUUUUUUCAAAGUUUUUCUCACUUAUAAAAAACCAUUGUGCCAUUUUCAUCAUCCUUAGUCCAAGCAAUAACAGUGUUGGAAAUACUUAGUCUUCUUUCUGCCCAGCAGAAUUAAAGAAGUAGAAGCCUCCUCUACAUUCUCUUCAUUUUUUGCAAGCAGAGAUCUUAAUUUUUCAAUUUUAUUCGUUGAUAUAAUGUGAGGCAGGAAUUUAAAUUGUAUUUAACCCCAUAUACCUAUCUGUGUUAUUCCCCCAUCCACUUUUUUUCUUAUUUUUUUGUAUCUGUAACUGGAAGAACUGAACUUCAAGAAUCUAGGAAAUGAAAGUGAAACUAGCAACCGUGAAUUUAAAUCAAGAUCAAUGGUAUCAUGUGGAAUGUUACCUUUCUAGUAUCUUGUUAUAGUUACCUUUAAGAACCGAUUUUCUUCCUAUAGAUUUUCUUUUUUGUGCAAAAUUAAUUUAAAUCAACGGAUCAUCACUUGCUGGAAUUUAUAAUUAUAGAAUUGACAUUAAAGACACAUUUUAAGAGCAAAAGAUUGAAACUUAAGGAUAUUCUUCAGGCAUGUCACAUAUUUUGAAGUAAGGGUUUUUUAUCAUUUUUUAUUUAUUUUUACUGAUCAUGAUGAUUUCAGAUCACUCAAAUGAGCACAAGUAACCGUAAAAACCUGGCUCAAGAAUGACAUACUUCUUUUUUUACUUUCAUUGGCGUUUUAAAAGGAUUGAAUUCAAUUGACUUUUAUUUAAUAAAAAUCAUAUUCAUUGGUUAUAAGAAGCAUCUUUCAUUUUAUAAGUUUUGAGUACUGUUCUUUUGAUUUUACCAUCUCUUUUAGCUGUUUGGGGUUUAUAAGUUCAAUCCUCCUCUUUCUUCACCGAUGACACAAUGUACUUUUGAUACUUGGACCAUUUUAAUUCAUCGGUGGCAAGCUGUUCAAAAUUGUGUACCAGUAGUUGGUUCCUUUAGAUUGAUCAAAAGUAUAGCUCAUUAAAGCGUUAAGUAUAGCAUCGAGUAUAGCGUUAAAGAUUGUCAGCACCCACAGUGUUUGCUCAAUUUGUAGCAAGGUUUUCAUGACCUCUUUGAUGGUGAAAGUUAAAAGUUAGAACUCUAUUCUGCUUUGAUGAUUGGACCAGUUAAUCUUAAAAUCAUCCACAGUUGCUCUCAUAAAUGGUGGUGAAUGUUAUAGCAGCUUACAAGUAUCUCUAAGAGAAAAUUCUGCUUGAAUGAGCUUAACUUUCAUUAACGUUCAUAAAAAUAUUCAGUCUUUUACUGAAUUUAGUGCUUGAUAGCAAAAACUCCCUCUCUCUAUCCAGUACUUUUGUCCAUCAAGGAAUGUUAUUUCGUUGUAAAGGUGUUAAAUUUGGUUCCAUAGGUAAGUUGUUGAGCCAAAUUCGGGUAAAAUUAAAGCUCUUGACAUGAAUUGAAUAGGGUACCUUCUUUUGAUAAGUCUCCACCCCCUUCCCCCAGUUAAUCAAUAAAUUAUCAUCCUUCAAAGCUUGGUUCAAUAGCGUGGUCUGUUUCCGGUGCGUCCAGAUCUAUACCUUCUACUUUUUGUCGGUAAAUGAGCUCAUCUGUGACUUUGAAGUUUUACAGAAAGACAGUUUCUCGUUUGGCUGCUUCAUAAUGGAUAUAGACAAAGCUUUGACUAAACCCAAUUGCUAUAUUUCCGUUACGAUAUGAGAUAACAAAUAUUGUUCAUGCUUCAUGGCCAGACCUCAUAGAGCAAAUAAUCCACUGCUUACAGCCAACGGUGAAUUUUCUUGUUUAUCGAAUUUUAAAGAUAUAAAUAAUAGUAUGUCUUAACAAUUUCCUUAAAAUCUGCUCAAAAUCUACCAUAUUCAGUGCUUCCAGCCGUUUUAUCACUUCCUCCCUAUUUUAUAGUGACAAAUAAUCUUUUUAAAGAAGAACAUCUAUGUCUCUAUUACAAUUUAUAAGCAAAUUUCGGAAGGAACAAACAUAAGUCAUGAGAGAAAGAGUUUCUGUGCAUAGUUUUAAGAAUUACAUGUACUCAAUUGAGGUGAAAAAAGUAAAGUCCCUCAGGCAUUUUUAUCUUCAUCUGUCUCAUAUAUCCCUUCAUUUUAAUCCAGGCCUACAUAUCCACCAUAAGGCGAGUAUUUUUUUGUCUCUGCAAAUUUAAUGGUCAGUUCAAAGCUUAGAGCUUGGAUACAUGUAUUUUAGCCAAUUUUCAUCUUUUUACAUCAAAGAAACCUUUAUUUGAUUGGUGUCAAUGCAACUUGCAUGAUUGAAAGAGAAUUUAAAAAGAAUAUGUCGAAAGAAUAGAAACAGAAGGAAAUAAUGUCUUGAAGGAAAUGUGCUUGUACAAGUUUGACAAGAAAAUUUUCUAUUCUGAAAUUUUUGAUUACCCAUGAUCAUUCAUUUUCAACUAAUAUUACAAACUAAAAUUGACUAAAAUCUCUCUCUUACAUCAUGCAACGGUGAAACAAGAAUGAAGAACCAAGUAAGGCAAAAAUUAUUGCAAUUUUUUGCAAAUCAUAAGCUAUGUUUCCUCAUCAAAAUCAUGCAAGAUAAGUUGAUCAUACUGAAAAUUUCAAAAAAAAAAAAAAAAAAAAAAAAAAAAGGAGAAAAAAACUCGUGAGAGAUCAAAAUUUACUUUUGAAAUUGAAUUUCAACUCUGUUAACAGUGUCAAUUCAAAAUUCCUUUUCAUGAUUAAACCAAAAUCAGCCUAAGUCCAAUUGACGAUUGAAAUCUUACUUACAGCUCACAACAGUCGAUAACUGAAGGUGGGUUUCACAAAAAUCUCCUUCAUCCUCUGUUAAGAAGUACUUGUUAACUUAUCAUAAUAAAAUCCAACUCGUGGAAGAAAAUAAAUUUAUUGUGAAGCACAUAAAAAUGAUUUUUGCACCAAAUAAGUCUUAAGUUGACUUUGGAGUUCAGCAUUUGGGAAAUUUAAAUUUAUGAACAUGAAAAAAACGAAAAGAAACUGAUUUUCUUUACAAAAAUUUGAUGAUGAGAAAGCGUCCUCUUUCAUGCAUGGUUUUGAACCUAUUCUAGUCGUCUUUUACAAGGUUGAUGUCUUUGUCUCAUAAGUUUCAUGAUGUGAAGUUGUUGUGUUUUUCCUCGCCAAAAGCUCCCGUAUUAUUUAAUGAGACCAAACUGGAGGUGUUUGUUUUUGAAUAUGCACCAUAAUCAGCUUUGAGGAACUUCUAGGAGCUCUCCAACUAGACGGAACCCUGCUGUCAAUAAAUUGCAUAUAUUCAUUCGAUUUACCAAAUUUUAUCUUAUAGAAAUCUCAUUUUGAUUUUCAUCAUUUGUAUUUUAAAUACUCAGUCCACUGGACUUAAUACAUUUUUACUUUGGUAUCAUUGCCCUUUUGACUCUGCUCUCCUUGUUUAGUUCAAUUAUUUGCAUCAUUGACAGUUUUGUAUCUAUACAACGUUGUCUAUCAUUCAUUUUUAUAUUUUUUAACUCACAUAUGUUCCUUUUCUACAAUAAAUUAGUAUUUUUGUAAGUCAUUAGUAUUACGUCUCAUGAUCUUUGAUAUUUGUUUUACUUCAUAAAUUUCUGUGUAAAUUAGUUGUACUUUAAUUACAAAAAAUGGAAAGCACCAUCAUGGAUUCAUGUAAAAUUUUCUUUUUAAGUCUAAGAAAAUUUUCAAAACAAAGAAAAUCGCCAUUAACUGGACUUAUGUUAUGAAUAAAUGAAAAUUUAAUUUCAA